AUGAGCAAAAUCGUUUUCAAGCACCAGCAGGCUGGGCUAGGCUCUCUGAGCUUGGCAGGAAAUUUCACGAAGUGGGAGAUAAAGCCCAUGGUGUUUAACGGAGAUGAAGGCCAAUGGGAGUUCGAGAUUGAGCCUGAGAUGCUGGGAAAUUGCGAGCUGCAGGACGGCAAGGCAGUGACGUUUUUCAAGUUCGUUGACGAGCGCGGGGAUUGGUUCACGGACGAUAAUUUCGCCAAGGAGGCGGACGAGAACGGCAACGAAAAUAAUGCCCUAUACCUGCAGGUUGACGGCGACGCUGCGAGAUCCGAGAACCAGCCGUCGGAGGUUGAACAUCAAACUGAGGGAGACCAGGAAGCGGAGCCCUCGACGCCCGAUCCAACACCAGUGGUUCAGAUGAAAACGCCAAGAGCCAACGAGCGCGAGGAGUCGCCUGUGAUGAUUACCGAGUCGGACUUGGAGGAGGACUUCCACGACACAAACAACCAGGACCAGGGCGAGCUCACAGAGACAAGGAACCACUCGGCGGACACAAGCGUUUCCGCAACGCAAAACCCGGCGGAAUACAAGAAUUUUUUGCAGAGCAUAGUGUUCUUCUUCAAGAAUCUGUUUCGGCGAUGGUUCGGGAUGGGGACCAAGCAGCAAGAGUCUCGUUAG